AUGGAUAACAUUCGGCAGAAAGCCCUUAUAUGGGAGCAACAGAAGAUGAAAUGCAGCCCGGAAGGAAAUGCUUCCUUCUUUAGCAAGAUAACUUAUUCCUGGUACAGCAGAGUUAUAACUUUAGGCUACAAGAAACCAUUGGAAAGAGAUGAUCUGUUCGAACUAAAUGAAAAUGAUUCGUCCUACAUUGUAUGUCCAGAUUUUGAAAAACAGUGGAGAAGGGAAAUUUUAAAGUCAUCCAAGGACAUAAAGGUGACUGUAUGUAAAGAUGUAACAAGGAAAGGAGUUUUUCAGAAAGCAUCUCUACUGUCACCACUGUGGCAAACAUUUAAAGUUGCAUUGAUCAAGGUUACUAUUCUGAAAGUUGCGGCUGAUUUUUUCUCUUUUUUGAGUCCACAGAUUAUGAAAGAAAUGAUUGAUCUCUCUGAGCAUCAUUCGGGCUCCUAUUGGAAUGGUUAUGGGUAUGCAGUCGCUCUCCUUAUUGUGGUUGUUCUGCAGACACUUAUCCAUCAGGCUUUCCAACGACUUAACUUGCUUACCGCAGUAAAAAUUAAGACUGCUUUGGUUGGCCUCUUAUAUAAGAAGGCCUUGAAUUUGUCUAGUUCUUCACGGCAAAAAUACACAACGGGUGAAAUAGUUAACCUGAUGUCAACGGAUGUCCAGCAGCUCAUGGAGCUGACCAUCAAUCUCAACCUCUUGUGGUCAGCACCUUUUCAGAUUCUGCUGGCCAUCAUCUUCCUUUGGCAGGAACUGGGCCCCUCUGUGCUAGCGGGUGUUGGAAUGCUGCUUUUGGUUGUACCUAUAAAUGUUUAUGUAGCUGCCAAAGUGAAGCAACUCAAGAAAAUUCAAUCGAAGAACACUGAUCAACGAGUUAAACUCUUAAAUGAAAUCUUGCAUGGCAUAAAGAUUCUAAAGCUAUAUGCAUGGGAACCUUCAUAUCAGAAAAAAAUCAUGAACAUUCGGGAAAGUGAAAUAGCUGUUUUGAGAUCAUCUGGAUACCUGACAGCGUUUUCUAUGCUGACACUGACGUGUAUUCCAUUCCUGGUCUCUCUGGCUACCUUUGGAGUCUAUUUUCUGUCGGAUGAAAAAAAUGUUUUAACUGCUGCCAAAGUUUUUACCUCUAUUUCAUUGUUUAAUAUUUUACGACUUCCAUUGUUUGAUUUGCCUACGGUGAUUUCUGCCAUAGCUCAGUCUAAGGUUUCUCUGGGUCGUUUAGAGAAUUUUCUGUCUUCUGAAGACCUGGAUCCCCAAAACAUCAACACAGACUAUAGUGGAAAGCAUGCAGUAAGAUUUGUUAAUGCCUCUUUCCGCUGGACGAAGAUUGGAACCCCAUCCUUACAUAAACUGAGUAUAGAGAUUCCAGAAGGCUCACUAGUUGCUGUCGUAGGUCAGGUUGGAGCUGGAAAGUCAUCUUUCCUUUCUGCAGUUCUUGGAGAAAUGGAGAAAAUUGAAGGAAGAGCUCAGAGAAAAGGUUCAGUGGCUUACGUGUCUCAGCAAGCCUGGAUACAGAAUUCCACUUUACAGGAAAAUAUCCUCUUUGGCUCAGAACUGAAUAAAUUCUAUUAUGAACGGGUUUUGGAAGCCUGUGCUUUGUUGCCAGACUUGGAACAAUUGCCAAUGGGGGAUCAAACAGAAAUUGGAGAAAGGGGUGUGAAUAUAAGUGGUGGCCAGAAGCAGAGAGUGAGCCUAGCUAGGGCUGUAUACAGUAAUGCGGAUCUGUAUUUGUUAGAUGACCCCUUGUCUGCUGUUGAUGUACAUGUUGGGAAGCAUCUUUUUGAAAAGGUGAUUGGGUCCUCAGGAUUAUUAAAAAACAAGACUCGUAUUUUAGUGACUCACAACCUGACACUUCUGCCUCAGACAGAUAUUGUAAUGGUGAUGGAAGAUGGCAGAAUUCUUGAAAUGGGCAGUUAUAAAGAACUGCUCUCCAAACGAGCAAACUUUUCUGAGCUUGUUCUGACAUUCGGUGGAGGAAAGGAAAAUAAAGAAACUCUCUCAGUAUCAAAGUCGUAUCCAAAAGACAGUAUUAAAAUAAGAGAUCAUGUUAUACCAAAGAAAAAUCAAUAUGUGGAGCAUAAAGAUAUGAGCACAUUCUCAAUGAAGAAGGAAAAAGUUGCUACUGGUGCUAUGAAAAUGUCAGUUAUUUUGAAAUACCUACAAGCCUUUGGAUGGUCUUGGAUGUGGCUCACUGUAGCUGCUUACUUGGGCCAAAAUGCUGUCACAAUAGGACAAAAUCUAUGGCUCAGCACAUGGACAGCAGAAGCUAAACACUUCAUAGAAUGGAAACAGUUAAGAAACUACAGAUUUUCCAUCUAUGGGCUCUUGGGAUUCAUACAAGGUCUUCUAGUUUGCUUUGGUGCAUAUGUGCUUACUAGAGGAUCUCUGUGUGCCUCCCGGGUGUUGCAUCACCAGAUGCUAGACAGUGUACUGCACCUUCCACUUCAGUAUUUUGAAACUAAUCCUGUAGGUCAGAUCAUCAACAGGUUCACCAAGGACAUAUUUAUAGUUGACGUACGUUUUCAUUAUUAUCUACGAACCUGGAUGAAUUGUACACUGGACGUUGUUGGAACAAUCCUUGUAAUUGUGUAUGCAUUACCACUUUUCGUGCUGGUGAUUGUUCCACUUGGAUACCUAUAUUUCACUAUCCAAAGAUACUAUAUAGCUAGCUCCCGACAGAUUAGACGACUGGCUGGUGCUUCACACACACCUGUAAUUUCACACUUCAGUGAAACGCUUUUGGGUGCUUCUACAGUCAGAGCAUUUGGACAUCAGGAAAGGUUUAUGAAUCAAAACAAAGAUUUGAUCAAUGAGAACCUCGUUUGCUUCUACAACAAUGUAAUCUCAAACAGGUGGCUGGCUGUCCGACUCGAAUUUCUGGGCAACUUGAUGGCUUUCUUCGCUGCACUGUUUGCAAUGUUUGCUGAUGGCAAGGUGGAUCCUGCCACAGUGGGAUUAUCAAUAUCCUAUGCACUCAAUAUAACUCAAAGUUUGAAUUUUUGGGUCCGUAAAGCAUGUGAAAUGGAAACCAAUGCAGUCUCCAUUGAACGCGUUUGUGAAUAUGCAAACAUAGAUAAAGAGGCACCCUGGAUACUAUCCAGCCGCCCACCAGCAGGUUGGCCUAACGAAGGAGUAAUACAGUUUGUCAGUUACAAACUUCAGUACAGGCCAGAUCUAGGUUUCGCUCUGCAGGACAUAUCUUUCCAAACUAGCAGAGAAGAAAAGAUUGGAAUCAUAGGAAGAACAGGUGCAGGCAAAUCAACUCUCACCAAUUGUUUGUUUAGAAUAGUAGAAAGAGCUGGAGGCAAAAUAAUCAUAGAUGGAAUUGACAUAUCAACUGUUGGUCUACAUGAUUUACGGGGGAAUCUGAACGUUAUUCCACAGGAUCCAGUCUUAUUCUCCGGGACACUUCAAUCAAACUUGGAUCCACUUGGAAAAUAUUCUGAUCUUGAGUUGUGGAAUGCACUGGAAUUGUGUGACUUGAAGAAUUUUGUACAGUCACUUCCAAAAAAACUUCAGCAUGAAAUUUCAGAGGGUGGUGAGAAUCUGAGUGUGGGACAGAGACAGCUUGUCUGCCUUGCUCGUGCUUUGUUACGGAAGACAAAAGUUUUGGUCUUGGAUGAAGCAACAGCCUCUGUUGAUAUGGAAACAGAUAAUCUUGUGCAGUCCACAAUCCAGAAAGAAUUCUGCAACUGCACAGUACUAACCAUUGCUCACAGGCUGCAUUCCAUCAUGGACUCUGACAGAGUGCUUGUUCUCGAUUCUGGAAGAAUUGCUGAAUUUGAUACUCCACAGAAUUUGUUGCAACAGAGAGGCGUGUUUUAUGAAAUGGCAUCACAAGCUGGAAUACAAGAAGAGGCAGUUAAUCUGUAAUGAAUGCUUUGCAUAUUUCUUUAUUGGUAAAUUCUGUGAAAAGUAGUAAUGAAGAAUGUUGAUACAUUUUUAUAACAUGAUUUUAAGGAAAACUAGUAACUGAGCUGCCCAUUUUAUAAAUGCUUUUAGUUUUAUAGGGAUUAUUUUGGUGGAUUUCUCUGAUUUGCCACCAGGAUAUUUAUAGCAAACCUUCAUAUAGAAGAACUUUUGAUAUUUAAGUGAAAGUAAUUUGAUACUUUCACCUGUAGCCCUUGGCUACAGUGCCCACAUAUGGUGGGACUCUGUCAUGCUUAAAUAAAGCUUGUUUCCUAUUCUUCAGCAUGCAUUUGGACAUUGUACUAGUUAGAAAAACUGUACAUCCUUUCUUCAUCUAGUUUCUCUUCUGUUUGGUGCAAUUUAUUUGACCAUUAAGUUUGAAUAACAUACUGAGAGAAUAGCUAAGUCCCCCAAUUUUAUCAAAAGCAAGUAUGCAUGCUUUUCAGGUCUCCAGAACUCUUCAUCAGGCUUGAUGAUAAAUGAGAAAGGAAAGCUGAUUUCUCAAGCAUAAUACCGCAGGCAUGCAGUUUGGUUAAGGCUGCAGCAUACUCCAUACUUUGGUCUGCAGCUUGUCUUAUCUGAAUACAAAGUCCUUUGACUAUACCCUCAUGCAACUGUGUCCCCCCCCCUUUUUUGGUACACAUAGCUGUUGGAGUUCUGAAAAAUGCAAAAGCUGUUGUUUUGUUUGGCCUUAACAAAAAAGAAUAAGCCAUUUUUUGGAAAUAUGCCUGAACUGGAGUUUAUUUUUAUACUAAUUCCUGCAGAAAUAUAUACAUUUUUUUUUGUUCCAAUUCUGUUUGGAAGACAAAUGGUAUCUUGUAUGAAACUGUUCUCCACACACUAUCAGCUUAAUUUUUGUUAUUUUACUUAAUUUAUUUGUACCCCACCUUUCUCCUCAAUGGGGACCCAAAGCAGCUUACUUCAU